AUGGCCACCACCGCACCGCCGUCUCAACCGCCCGCGCCGCCCGCAGACAACGAGCCCGUCUACGGCGGCUUCACGCGCUUCGAAAUCGAGCUCGAGGUAACCCUUUCCGUCCUCCGCGAAACCCCGAUCGCCAACACCGCUAACCACCCGCCCGUCGCGCAGUUCGUCCAAUCCCUCGCGAAUCCCCUCUACCUCAACCACCUCGCGACCCAAAAGCUCCUCACCCGCCCCGAGUUCGUCGCAUACCUCGCCUAUCUGCAGUACUGGACCCGACCGCCCUAUCUGAAGUACCUCAUGUACCCCGGCCCGACGCUCAAGCACCUAGAUCUGCUACAGCAGGAGCAGUUCCGGCAGGACAUCAUUAGUCCCGAUCUCGUGCAGCGACUGAUUGAUGACGGGAUGAGGGCGGCGGUUGAGUGGCAUCGCAGUGAGGCGUGA